AUGGCGGACCCUGAUCCGGAGCGUCACCUGCGGAAGAUACUGGAUGUGAUGGGUGUAAGUACCCGGAUCGGUAAUGUGGUGCAGUUAGUAAAGCGCCGGCGCGGAAGUCCGCCUAAAAUCACGGAGGAACAGGAAAUGCAGCAGCGGCUCGAAAAGUGUCGCGAGGCUCGAUCGGAACGUGUGAAUAUGCUGGCUACGAAGCACCAUCACGUCCUAGAAGUUGCUGCUUACCUGUUGGGCGAAGAUGCUGCUCGCGUUGUUGAUUGCGUGGCCGACCGGUUGGCGGACAUUGAAUUGUUGGAUAGCCUUUUCGAAGCGGAUGGUGCUAAGGCACUGCUGCUGUUCUACGGAAUGUGUGCGGCACCGGAUGUUGAAUCGGGACGGUACAAUCCGAAGCAAAAACCUUUCAAACAAGCCCGGAUUACGGAUGGAUCGGCUGGCAAAGUGACGGAGAUCGCCGUCGGAAUACGUCGCCAUACCAAUUCAAAGCCUGUCGAAAUCAAAGGACUCUCUGAUGAAAUACUGUUCACCUACAUCAGCGUCCCGGUUGGUUGUACCAUCCUUUACAUGCUGGUGUCUAUUCUCGACCGUGUUAUGAAGCCGGCAAUUGAAAAUAUUCGCGACUACGGACAUUGCAGUGAUACGCAACAGAGCAACUUCAAAUACGGUGUGAAUAGGUUCAUCAACUUCCUUAAAAGUACGGCGAAGGAUAUAACCCAAAGGAUUGUGUUCGACUUCGACCAAGAUCUCUAUAAGGGCUUCCUGCUGACCUCGGUCCAGGUGCAAGAAACGGCCCGUGAUCGGGAAAAAGUGACUCACAUCGAACAUACUUUUCAUCGCUGGCUGGACCGGAUGCAGUUUGCUCUGACUCAAGGCGAUCAGAUCGAGCAGGCAUCGCAUAACGUUGGCCCUUUAGUAGAGCUGGAAUACUGGCGCACCGUUCUAACGCGCUACACCUCAAUCAGUGAAUUCACGGAGACGAAAGUAUUUCGGCAGUUUCUACAAUGUCUUAAAAUUUCUCGCAGCAGGCUGGUUAAGGUGUGGUCAGGACUUGAGACGGCACUGUCGACGAAGCUGAUCGAAUCCAGAGACAAUGUGCGCUACAUCAGCUCGAUUGAGCGAUUCUGGGAUCCCCUGUAUCGAUGCGAACCACCGGAAGCGACGCGCAGCAUGGGGAGUUUACUGGAGGUGAUUCGCCAGGUGUAUAAAUCUUCCACCUACUACAACACCUCGGAUCGAAUAACAGGCCUACUGACGAAAAUCGCCAACCAGAUCAUCAUCAACUGCCGGUCUUACAUAACCGACCGUGGUACAAUUAGGAUUUACGAUCAAACGAAACAGUUACUGAUAAACAAAAUAACAAUCUGCAACCAUCUUGACAGCGCUUUUCGCAACCAUUACAAGCAGACUGUGCAGAAAAUGAUCGAUAGUCCAGAGGAAACGCCUUGGGAAUGUUCGGAGGUGUUUGUAUUCGGUAAGCUGAACCAUUUCCAACUUCGUAUGUCGAAAAUCAUGGAAGUCAUGGAGCUGUACCUGAAGUAUGAAGUCAUUCGUCAGGUGGCCAUUUCGGGCACAGAAGUUUUCUCGGAACGAAUCCAGUCGGCGUACAUGGUUCUGACCUCUAAGCCAUAUGAUCCUCUAGUCUACACUGAACACCAGUUCGAUAGCGACUACGAGGGCUACCUAAGGGAAGUGGAAACUGCCGAAACUGGUCUGCAAACUUUCCUUAAAACUCAGCUCCGUAAAGAACACACUGUUGAAAACUGUCUACUUCUUCUGCGGCGGUUCGAAAAAUUGCAACUAGAAUGCCUUUCCAUUGACCGUUGCUACGUCGAUGUAGCGCUCAUGCUCGAGCAGGAAAUCUUUCGGUUGAAGGAUAUUUACAGUGAAAACCGAGCUGCUCCUCCUAUUCCGUUCGGGGUCCCAGAGACCGUGGGACGUAUUAUGUGGGCCCGAUCGCUGUUUCGCCAGAUCGACGUGCCACUCGGUGCCUUCAAGCAUCGGGCGUGCGUUGUAAACCAUCGGAAAGCGCAACUCUGCAUAAAGUACUACAAUUAUCUGAGCGAGGUGCUGCUGCACUAUCAGUUGCUGCACCACAAAUCGUGGGAAACAUUCGCUGAACACGCUCGCAAUAAACUUUCCAGUCCGGUGUAUAGGAAAUGCACCGACGACAACAGGCUCGAGGUAAACUUCCACCCUUGGAUUCGCCAGCUGAUCAAGGAGACGGAAGUGGUGCUAAAGCUUGGAUUGGCAGCUCCUGAUUUCACCGUCGUCCUAGUGCAGGGAAAACCCAAACUAUACCAACGGUACGAAAGAGUUAAACAUCUGUUAAGGCACAGUGAGACGCUUCGAUUCGCCAUUCCACCUACUUUUCUUCCACUUAUGCGAACAAUGCUGCGAAAGCUGGAUGAAGUAUUUUUUCCUGGUUUGUCCGUGAUAACAUGGCAAUCGUUAAAUAUCGACCACUAUCUGAAUGAUGUCGAGGGAACGCUGGUAAAAACGGAACAGUUUUUCAAAGAAGCGUACGAUAUAUGGCAGGCUCGGAUAGAAGAUGUUCUGGUCUCUUUCGAAUCCACCGAUCUGCUCACUUUACCCGACGAUCCUGUCGGACCGACUGAGUUCUACGACGCAAACAUCCGGUACCGGCAGUCAAUGCAGAUGCAUUUAGCAAACAAAUCAAAAGCAAUGGAAGGAGCCGUCGUAGAGCUGAUCAACAAGUUUGCAUCAAACAUCGAGGUGUCCGAGUAUGACGAUCACGGAAAUAGAAUCUUCCAGCUGCCGCUCGAUAAGAUCAACAACGAAAACCGACGGCGAGAGGAGCAGCUACCGACCGAUAAGUUCGAUUGGGUAAGGUUUGAUCGACUUUUUAAAACGCCUACAAAUCCAACGCCAGAAGCACACAUGGAAGCACUGUUCCGGAACUAUGGCACCUUGAACUACGAUGUACCGACACUGCACAUCGAUUGUAUGGAACUAUUUGCGUACUUCAACAACCGGCUCGCUAACGUGUUCGUCCGAAUGGUGAAGAGUUCGUUGGAAAAACUUCGCUCCCGUCUCGAACUGAUCCGCCUUCAGAUGAACAAAGCGGCAGUUUUGGCCGAUAUUCAGCCGCUGAUCGUUACCACAAUGCAACUGCAGUCUGACUGCUGCGAGAUAUUGCCAUCUCUCGAGGAGAUUCAGUUUUCGUUCGAACGGGUAAUUUUGAACGUCCUGGAGACGUUCUAUGCGAUCUCAGCUUGGGGCUGGCAGGCAAAAUCGAUCGAACGCAAGAUACGCCGACCGAUAUUGGCCGAGCAACGAGCGGAACGAGAUUGGUUCAAGCUCAUUUCAGGGCACAAGGAAGUGACACGCAUGGUGCAUGAGUUCGAUGGAGGCCUGCUUCUGCUAAAGCCCGACGUGAGCUACGAACUGAAGAGCAUCUAUCAGCAAUACGAGUACCUGUGGCGGCAGGAUGUAUUUGCGCUGGAACUAGAGGCUAAACCAGAACGGUUCGAAAAGAUCAAAGAUGAUCUUGGUGAGGUGAAAUACACGAGUCACAUUGGGCCCAUACUCAUCCGGCUGGACGAGGUCAUCGAGACGGUGCUGCGUCGUUUGCUAGCCUUCUACAACACCCGCAUAGCCGAGAUAGUCAACUUUAUCACCAGCCAGGAAGAGACACUGAAUCGAAAAAUGGCCGAUCUAGAUGACAUUCGGAUGGCAAUGGAGUGUCUUAAAACGGUGCAAGAUAAUUUCACCCCUCUUGAUACCGAUCUGACGUUCAUCGAACAGACCUAUCGUACCUUGGCGGGUUUCGAAACGCUCGCAUUAACUCACGAGCAGGUGGAAAACGUGUACGGCAUUCGUGACACGUUCAAGACGAUGGUGAAAAUGGUUGAAAAAGUGGAGAACGACAUAAUAGCGUUGCAGGUACCGCUACAGCGGGAGUUGGCUGAAGGUGUAGCCCUAUUCAACCAGGAUAUCGAUACAUUCGACCUUGAGUUCGAGACAAGCGGUCCGCAGGAGGAGGGAAUCCCGGCAAAAGAGGCGAGUGAUCGGUUGCUCAUGUUUCAGACUCGUUUUGAUGAGCUUUGGCAUAAGUUUGAGAUGUACGCCAGCGGUGAAACGUUCCUUGGGCUGAAGGUGAACGAAUACCCAGUCCUGCAACGGCGCAAGAAAGAACUGAAUCUGCUUAGCAAGCUCUACUCACUUUAUAUCCAAGUUAUGAAAAGCAUUGAACAGUACUACGAAACUCCCUGGAAGGAGGUUAACAUUGAGCACAUUAAUGCGGAACUGAUCGACUUCCAGAACCGGUGCCGGAAGCUGCCAAAGGCUAUGAAGGACUGGCCAGCGUACAUCGAGUUGAAGCAGAAGAUUGACGAUUUCAACAACAGCUGUCCGCUUCUGGAGCUCAUGUGUAACGAGGCAAUGAAGGACCGCCACUGGGACAAACUGGAGCAAACGAUGAGUUGCAAGUUCGACAUCGACUCACCUGCGUUCACGCUAGGCAAUCUCAUGGAAGCACCGCUGUUGGAGUUUUCGGAUGAUAUCGAAGAUACCUGCAUCGGAGCCGUGAAGGAGAACGACAUCGACACAAAGUUGCGCUCGGUUGUAGCCGAGUGGUCCGCGGUGAAUCUUCAGUUUGCAUCCUUCAAGACGCGCGGAGAGCUCCUCAUCAAACCCGCCGACACGGUCGAAAUCAUUGCGGCCCUCGAAGACAGCAUAAUGAUCGUGAACUCGCUCGCAUCGAACCGAUUCAAUGCGCAUUUCAAGAAGGACAUCAUGCUCUGGCUGCACAAACUCGUCAACACUGGCGAGAUUCUCGAGAAGUGGCUACUGGUGCAGAACCUGUGGAUCUACCUGGAAGCAGUGUUCGUGGGCGGAGACAUUUCGAAGCAGCUGCCCCAGGACGCCAAGCGUUUCGCAGGCAUCGACAAAAGCUGGGUUCGGAUCAUGUUCCGGGCGCGCGACAAUCCCAACGUUGUCCAAUGUUGUACGGGUGAGGAUUUCAUGUCCUACACGCUCACCUCGCUGCUGGAACAGCUCGAAACGUGCCAGAAAUCACUCACGGGUUACCUGGAAUCGAAGCGGCUACUGUUUCCUCGCUUUUUCUUCAUCUCCGAUCCGGUGCUGCUAGAAAUUCUUGGCCAAAGCUCCGACCCUACGUCCAUCCAAGCGCACCUGCUAAGCAUCUUUGACGCCGUAGCAAGGGUAGAGUUUGACGAGAGAUCUGAGAAGGGUAAAAUCGUCGCCCUCAGCUCGGACAAUGGAGAACGCGUGCCACUUGCCUCUCCGGUGCACUGCACGGGCGGAGUGGAGGCUUGGUUGGGUAGCUUGCUGACGGAAAUGCAGGACACAAUCCGGUCCAUUCUCGCCCAAAUGGCACAAUGUCUGCGCAGCCCCGAGUUCAACUUUAUAGUCGGUUUUCAGGACUUCUGCGGCCAAGCUGGGCUUCUAGGGGUGCAGUUGCUAUGGACCAGCGAGGCGGAAAUAGCGCUGCACCGGUGCCGUACCGAUAAAACCAUCAUGCGCCUUACGAACAAUCGGUUCCUGAACCUACUGAACAGCCUGAUCGAGCUGACGGUGAAGGACUUGACGCGGCUGGAGCGUAUCCGGUUCGAGACGAUGGUCACGAUUCACGUGCACCAGCGGGACAUCUUCGACGAUCUCGUGCGGUUUCGCAUCCGCACCGCACUCGACUUUGAGUGGCAAAAGCAGGCGCGUUUCUAUUUCGUCGACGAAACGGACGACGUGAUCGUGAAGAUAACGGAUGUGGAUUUCAUAUAUCAGAACGAGUACCUGGGCGUAACGGAGCGGCUGGCCAUCACGCCGCUGACGGACAGGUGUUACAUCACGCUAGCGCAAGCGAUCGGAAUGUCGAUGGGCGGUGCACCGGCUGGUCCGGCCGGAACAGGCAAAACCGAAACCACCAAAGACAUGGGUCGAGCGCUGGGAAAGCUCGUCGUCGUCUUUAACUGUUCCGAUCAGAUGGAUUUCCGAGGACUGGGUCGAAUCUACAAGGGACUGGCGCAGUCCGGUUCCUGGGGAUGCUUCGACGAGUUUAACCGCAUCGAACUGCCGGUGCUGUCGGUUGCGGCACAACAGAUCCACAUUGUUCUCUCAGCGAGAAAGGAAAAGAAGACGAGCUUUUUGUUCAGCGAUGGCGACACCGUUUCGUUAAACCCUGAGUUCGGUUUGUUCAUCACCAUGAAUCCGGGAUACGCCGGUCGGCAAGAGUUGCCGGAGAAUCUGAAAAUUAUGUUCCGCUCCGUGGCGAUGAUGGUGCCGGACCGUCAGAUCAUUAUGCGCGUCAAGCUGGCUAGUUGUGGCUUCAAGGACAACGUGGUUCUGGCACGCAAGUUCUUCACCCUGUACAAGCUGUGCGAGGAGCAGCUCUCGAAGCAGGUACACUAUGAUUUCGGUCUGCGGAAUAUCCUCUCGGUGUUGCGCACACUCGGGGCACAGAAACGGGCAAACCCAACCGACACCGAGGAAACGAUCGUCAUGCGUGUACUGCGAGACAUGAACGUGUCGAAGUUGGUCGACGAAGAUGAACCGUUGUUCAUAUCGUUGAUUGAGGACCUGUUCCCCGGUAUCAAACUGAGCACUUCAAGCUACCGCGAUCUGCAGCGUGCCAUCGCAAUCAGCACCGACGCGCUCGGUCUGAUGAACCAUCCCGAGUGGAACCUGAAGGUAAUCCAGCUGUACGAAACCUCGCUGGUUCGUCACGGUCUGAUGACACUUGGUCCGACCGGGGCCGGCAAGACGCAGUGCAUUUUGACACUGCUCCGAAGCUUCACCGAACUCGGCAUGCCGCACAAGGAGAUUCGCAUGAACCCGAAGGCCAUCACAGCCCCGCAGAUGUUCGGUCGACUCGAUGUGGCCACCAACGACUGGACCGACGGUAUCUUCUCCACGCUGUGGCGCCGCACGCUGAAGGUGAAAAAGACGGACUUUGUGUGGCUCGUGUUGGACGGUCCCGUCGAUGCGGUCUGGAUCGAGAAUCUCAAUUCCGUGCUGGACGACAACAAGACGCUAACGCUGGCGAACGGUGAUCGUAUCACGAUGGCACCGAACGCAAAGCUGGUGUUCGAACCGGACAACGUGGACAACGCGUCCCCGGCAACCGUCAGCCGAAUGGGCAUGGUGUUUAUGAGUGCGUCCGUCAUGCGCUGGGAACCGAUCCUAAAUGGUUGGUUAAAGCGCAAGGCAGCUCCUGAAGUGGCGCCUCUGCUUCGACGCUUGUUCGAUAAGAUCUACAACGAUCUGCACGAAUUUGUGCAAACGAAGCUGAACGCCAAGAUAAAGCUCCUAGAAGCGAUCUACAUUCGACAGUGUUGUGACCUCCUGGAGGGUCUACUAUCCCCCAGUGGAGAGCACGAUAGUUCGCAGGUGUUGGCAGAUUUUAGCGAUGUACACGUCGAGCGACUAUUCCUGUUCUCGCUGAUGUGGUCAUUGGGAGCAGCUCUAGAAUUGGAUGAUCGCGAAAAGAUGGGAGAAUUCAUCGCCAAACACCCUUCGCGGAUGAAGUGGCCUAAGCUUCAACCUGGUGAGACUAUCUUCGAGUACGUCGUAUCGGCGGAAGGCAACUGGCAACAUUGGAACGAGCGCAUCGAGGAGUACAUCUACCCGAGGGAUAACGUUCCGGAGUUUGCCAGUAUCCUCGUACCGAACGUCGACAAUGUGCGCACGUCGUUCCUCAUCGAUCUGGUUGCCCGACAGAGUAAGGCAGUUCUGCUGAUCGGCGAGCAAGGUACCGGCAAAACCGUCAUGAUCAAGGGCUAUCUGCUGCAGUACGAUCCCGAGUAUCACCUGGCGAAGAGCUUCAACUUUUCGUCGGCCACCACACCCAACAUGUUCCAGCGAAUCAUCGAGUCGUACGUGGAGAAGCGCGUCGGCACGACGUACGGCCCACCGCAGCAGCGCCGGAUGUCCAUCUUCAUCGACGACGUCAACAUGCCGGUGGUGAACGAGUGGGGCGACCAGGUGACGAACGAAAUCGUCCGCCAGCUGAUGGAGAACCGGGGUUUCUACUCGCUCGACAAACCGGGUGACUUUCUCACCAUCCUCGACGUGCAGAUGCUGGCCGCAAUGAUCCAUCCCGGCGGUGGUCGCAACGACAUCCCACCACGUCUGAAGCGACAGUUCUGUACUUUUAACUGUGCCAUUCCGAGCAACCGUUCGAUGGACAAAAUAUUCGGCGUGCUCGGGGAAGGAUACUUCUGCGCGGAGCGGUUCAGCGAGGAGAUUGUGCGCUUUGUGCCACGUCUGGUACCGUUGACGCGCAAACUGUGGCAAGCGGUUAAGACUAAAAUGCUACCCACACCGGCCAAGUUCCACUACGUGUUCAAUCUUCGCGAUCUGUCGCGGAUAUGGGAAGGCAUGUUGAAGAUCAAAUCCGAACAGUGUCAAACAAUCAGGACGGCAAUCAAUCUCUGGAAACAUGAAUGCACACGAGUCAUCGCCGAUCGGUUUACAAAUCUAGAAGAUCGUACCUGGUUCGUCAAGCAGUUGCGUUCGAUGGCCGAGCAGGAGUUGGAAGGUGAUUUCGUGACGCACUAUCAGGAAGAAGAGCAGUUCUUCGUCGACUUUCUACGAGACGCGCCGGAGCCGACCGGUGAGGAAGGUGACGAUUACAGCCUCGAACCACCGAAGCUGUACGAGGAAAUCCCUGGCUUUGCCGAGACGACCGCUCGAGUGCAGAUGUUUUUGGAGCAGUACAACGAACAAGUGCGUGGCGCGGCCAUGGACUUGGUGUUCUUCCGAGACGCCCUGGUACAUCUGAUGAUAGUGGCACGAAUCAUCGGGACACCGAGGGGAAACGCACUGCUUGUCGGUGUCGGAGGUUCCGGCAAGCAAAGUCUCACACGGCUUGCGACCUUCAUUGCCGGCUACAAAUCCUACCAGAUCACGAUGACCAGGGCGUAUGGUGUGAACAAUCUGAUGGAUGAUCUCAAGUACCUGUACCAUGUGGCCGGCGUUGAAGGGCAAGGCAUCACGUUCAUCUUCACCGACAACGACAUCAAGGACGAGGGUUUCCUGGAGUACAUCAACAACGUGCUCAGCUCGGGUGAGAUCGCCAAUCUGUUCCCGAAGGACGAGCUCGACCAGAUCACGAACGAACUGAUCCCGGUGAUGAAGAAGGUAGACCCGCGGCGCAUCCCUACGCAGGACAACCUGUACGACUUCUUCAUCUCACGAGCCCGAGCGAACCUGCACAUCGUGCUCUGCUUUUCGCCGGUCGGUGAGAAAUUCCGUGCCCGCUCGCUCAAGUUCCCCGGACUCAUCUCGGGCUGCACGGUCGACUGGUUCCAGCGGUGGCCUGAAGAUGCGCUGGUCGCUGUGUCGACGCACUUCCUAUCGAACUACCACGUCGUGUGCAGUGCGGACGUGAAGCUGCGCCUGAUUGAGAUCAUGGCCUUUGUUCAGAACCGCGUGGCCGAGGUGUGUGCUGAGUACUUUGAGCGCUUCCGACGUCAGACACACGUCACGCCCAAAUCUUUCCUGUCGUUCCUCGAGGGAUACAAACUGAUCUAUCGGCAAAAGCAUGAACACAUCGCCGUCCUGGCGGGCAGAAUGCAAACGGGGUUGGUGAAGUUGAUCGAAGCGGCCGAGUCGGUGGAUGUGCUGCGCUUAGAGCUAGCGGAAAAGGAGAAAGAGAUUGUCGUGGCGAACCGUGCGGCUGAGUUGGUGCUGACGUCCGUCACCGAAUCGCAGCGUGCGGCCGAAUUGGUGAAGGCGGACGUACUCGCCGUGAAGGACCGAGCCGACGUCCUGGUGGACCAGAUUCAGACGGAAACGAGCAUUGCCGAGCAGAAACUCGAGGCGGCCCGACCCGCCCUUGAGCAGGCUGAGGCGGCUCUCAAAACGGUGACGGCGGCCGACAUCGCGACGGUACGGAAACUGGGCAAACCACCGUACCUGAUCACGCUCAUCAUGGACGUGGUGUUGAUCCUGUUCGGUCGGCGGGUACUCCCCGUGCGCCCCGACGACGAGCGCCAGUUUCUGCUGGCCUCAUGGGAGCAGUCACUGAAGGUGAUGGCCGACACGGGCUUCCUCGGACGAAUCGUACGCUAUCAGGCCGAUCUGAUCAACGCCGAGACGGUCGACCUCAUGAUGCCGUACUUUAACUACCACCUGUACACGUACGAAGCGGCCAAGGCGGCCUGCGGUAACGUUGCCGGCCUGCUCCGGUGGACGAUUGCAAUGGCCGACUUUUAUGACGUCAACAAAGAUGUGCUCCCGCUGAAGGCUAACCUUGCGCGACAGCAGAAGAAGCUCGAUUUAGCGAUGGCCGAGAAGGCUACGGUCGAGGCGCUGCUGCAGGCCAAGGAACGGGAGCUGGCACUGGUGCAGCGUGCCUUCGACGAGGCGAUGGCGAAGAAGCAGGCCGUAUUGGAUGACGCCAAACGGUGCCAGGACAAAAUGGACGCCGCGUCGGCGCUUAUAGACGGGCUGGCGGAUGAGCGAGUUCGUUGGACGGAGCAGUUGGAGCAGUUCAAGGACGAAACCGAGCGACUGGUGGGCGAUGUACUGAUACUGACCGGUUUCCUUUCCUACGCGGGCCCCUUCAACGCAGAGUAUCGCACCCUGCUGCAGACGAGCUGGGCGGCUGAGCUGAACCAACGCCGUAUUCCAGUGUCGCGGAACAUCAGUAUCGCCGAAAACCUAACCGAUGCGGCCACCGUCGGUGAAUGGAACCUGCAGGGUCUCCCCAACGACGAGCUAUCGGUGCAGAAUGGCAUAAUCGUGACGAAGGCGGCACGCUACCCACUCCUGAUCGACCCGCAGUCGCAAGGUAAACAGUGGAUCCGCAGUAAGGAAGCCGGUUCGGGUCUAGUUGUCACCUCCCUCAAUCACAAAUACUUGCGCAACCACAUCGAGGACUGCGUGACGCUCGGCUACCCGAUGCUAAUCGAGGACAUUGGCGAAGAGCUCGAUCCUGUGCUGGACAACGUGCUGGAGAAAAACUUCAUCAAAAUGGGCAACACGUACAAGGUGAAGAUCGGCGACAAGGAGGUGGACGUGCACGAUUCAUUCCGCAUGUACAUGACGACGAAGCUCCCGAAUCCGCUGUACACACCGGAAGUGUCGGCGCGUACGUCCAUCAUCGACUUUACCGUCACAAUGCGCGGACUCGAGGAUCAGCUGCUGGGACGCGUCAUAAUGAUGGAAAAGCGCGAGCUCGAGUCGGAACGCACCAACCUCAUUAAGGACGUGACGGCGAAUCGGCGCAAAAUGCAAGAGCUCGAGGCGAACCUGCUGCACAAGCUGUCCACCACCCAGGGUAGCCUGGUUGAUGACGUAACUGUGAUUGGGGUCCUACGCACCAGCAAAACAACCUCGAUCGAGGUGCGCGAGAAGCUGAAGAUCGCACGCGAUACGGAAAUCAAGAUCGAUCUGGCACGGGAAGAGUAUCGGCCGGUGGCGGCGCGUGGUAGCGUGCUCUACUUUCUCAUCUGCAGCAUGACCAUGGUGAACAACAUGUACCAGACGUCGCUGGUGCAGUUCCUGGAGCGGUUCGAUAUCUCGAUGACACGCUCCGAUCGUCAUCCGAUCCCAACGCGACGCAUCAAUAACAUCAUCGAGUAUCUCACGUACGACAUCUUUCGCUACGUUUCCCGGGGGUUGUACGAGGUCCAUAAAUACCUGUUCGUGCUGCUCAUGGCGCUGAAUAUUGAUCUCCAGCGUCGGACGAUUACGCACGCCGAGUUUCAGACGCUCAUUAAGGGCGGGGCGGCGCUGGACAUCAACACCUGUCCGGAGAAACCGUUCCGUUGGAUCUCGGACGUAACGUGGCUCAAUCUGGUGCAGCUGUCCCGACUCGAGCAGUACGCAACGAUCCUCGAGCACAUCCGGUCCAACGAGAAACCCUGGAAGAACUGGUUUUCGAAGGAAGCCCCCGAAGAGGAACCGCUCCCGGGUGGGAGUGGAUUUCAGUCACUGGACGCCUUCCGUAGGUUGCUGCUCAUCCGCUCCUGGUGUCCUGAUCGCACACUGUCCCAGAGCCGGCGUUAUCUGAGUGCGUCCCUUGGGGAACGCUUCGCCGAUCCGGUUGUGGUCAGCUACGACAACCUGCUCGAGGAAAGUCGUCCACUUACCCCGCUCGUGUGCUUCCUUUCGAUGGGUUCCGAUCCAACGCCCGCCAUCGAGAGCUUCGCCAAAAAGAACGGCAUCCAGUGUCAUGCAAUCUCGAUGGGUCAGGGUCAGGAGGUGCACGCACGCAAGCUGGUGGCCAACUCGCUGGAAGCCGGUUCCUGGGUGCUACUGCAGAACUGUCACCUUGGGCUGGAGUACAUGAACGAACUGAUGCUGCUACUGCUCGAGCUCGGUCCGGGUGGGUACCACAACGAUUUCCGCAUCUGGAUGACGACCGAGCCGCACCCGCAGUUCCCGAUCUCCUUCCUGCAGAUGGCGGUCAAGUUCACGAACGAACCACCAUCCGGCGUGAAGGCGGGUCUGAAGCGCACCUACGCCUCGAUGUCGCUCGAUAUGUUCGAAUACAGCGACUCGCCGCUGUACGUGCCGCUCAUCUACGGCAUCUCCUUCCUGCAUACGGUGGUCCAGGAGCGACGCAAGUUUGGCCCGCUCGGCUGGAACAUCCCGUACGAGUUCAACUCGGCCGACUGGCUGGCGAGCUGCCUGUUUGUGCAGAAUCACCUGGAAGCGCUCGACCCGAAGGUGGGCCGGGUAAGCUGGAAAACGCUUCGCUACAUGCUGGGCGAAGUGCAGUACGGGGGGCGCGUAACGGAUGACUACGACAAGCGCCUGCUGAACACGUUCGCUCGCGUCUGGUUCUCCGAUGCCAUGUUUGACGAGUCGUUCCGGUUCUACCGCGAGUAUCGCAUUAUGAGGUUCCGCACGCUCGAAGACUAUCUCGCGGAGAUCGACCGAAUGCCGAUCAUCGAUCCACCGCAGGUUUACGGAUUGCACUCCAACGCGGACAUCACCUACCAAAGCAACACGACCAAGGAGAUCCUGGAUACCAUCUUGUCGAUUCAACCGAAAGAAUCAACCGGUGGCGGGGGUGAAACGCGUGAAGUGACCGUCGCAAGGCUGGUGCGGGAAAUGCUAUCCAAGGUACCGGCCCCAUACGAUCCGUAUGCAGUGAAGGAGCGUCUCCGCGCCAUGGGACUCCAGGAGUCGAUGAACAUUUUCCUUCGCCAGGAAAUUGACCGCAUCCAGCGCAUCUUGUUGCUCGUGCGGCAAACCCUGAACGAUUUGCUGCUGGCUAUCGACGGCGUUAUCAUCAUGAACGAGCAGCUCCGCGACGCCCUGGACAACAUCUACGAUGCUCGCGUCCCAACGGUGUGGAAGCGGGGCAGCUGGGCAUCCGCUUCCAUGGGCUUCUGGUUUACGGAGUUGAUCGAACGGAAUGUACAGCUCAACGGCUGGUGCUUCCGACGCCGACCGAACAUGUUCUGGAUGACGGGAUUCUUUAACCCGCAGGGCUUCCUUACCGCCAUGCGGCAGGAGGUGGCACGCCAGCACAAGGGUUGGGCGCUCGAUAUGAUCACGCUUCACAACGACGUCACGCAGAUGCUGACCGAGGAGUGUAAGGUCGCUCCACCGGAAGGUGUUUACGUGUACGGGCUCUACCUGGACGGGGCCGGUUGGGAUCGGCGGCACGUACGGCUACAGGAGGCCACCAACAAGGUGCUCUACUCACCCAUGCCGGUCAUACACGUUUACGCUAUCAACUCUACCGCGCCCAAGGAUGCCAAACUGUACGAGAGCCCCGUAUAUAAGAAGGCGAACCGUACCGAUCUCAACUACAUCACACCACUGUGGCUGCAGACACUGAAACCACCCGAACACUGGAUCCUUCGCGGAGUGGCCCUCCUUUGCGACACAACGUAA